AUGUUCGACAUUGACGGUUACCAUGAGCAGCUCCAGAUGGACACUGAGCUGGUUGACAGACUGGUGUUGCAGCUGAACAGAAUCUACCCCCCCAUACUCAGUGACAAUGAAGCCUGCAGGUUCAGCACGUGUGUCUCUGCAGUUCAGUUGCAGCACCUGCAUGGGAAAGGCGAUGAGGCAUGUCAUGAAUUCUACAGAGGUCUUCACAUCCAUGCAGAGGACAUCUACUCCAGCUUAUCCACCCGAGUCAGACAUAAAGGUAAAAACACUGAGCAGGGCUUCGGCGAUACAUUGGGAUGUACUGGUCCAUUUUGUCACUGCUCUGCCGCAAGACUAAGUAAAGGUGCCAAAGAUGUUUUAACUUUUUAUGCAGAAGUCGAAGGCUGA